GUCCUCUACAAGCCCCCUGGCUGGGAGGUGCAGACUUCCGGGGAGCUUGGGCACCACCAGCUCUCAGCUUUUGUGCAAUGGACUGUGCCGCAGAAGCGUCCCAUUCUGCACGAUGGGUACAGUUCUUACGGCUUCCUGCACCGUUUGGAUGUUGCCACAUCUGGCCUGGUUCUGCAUGCGAAGAGCUAUGUGGCCUACCACGACCUAGACUUGCAGCUCCUGCGGCGCGAGAUUGAUCGGGAGUACCUAGUCCUAGCGCAUGGUCUGGUCUCACCUUCUCGCACCUCCCUGCGCCUGCCGGUCUACGUGGGAAAGGAUUCGGAAAGCCGCCCAAGCCAAGUGGCAGUGCCUGGUGCACGAUACAGCCUCAGCCACAUGAAGGUUCUUGCCCAUCUCGGGCCACGGCAGUCCACCAGUCUGCUGACGAUGAAGAUCGAUACUGGCAGGCGACAUCAAAUCCGAGCCCAGACAUCGCACAUGGGCCACGCGAUAGUGUGUGACUGGCUCUACACUGCGGAGCCCACAUAUUCCACGGACAAGGAGUGGUGCUGCCGAACAUUCCUGCACCGUCAUCGUCUGGCUUUCAAAGACAAAGAUGGAAAGCAGCACGAUGUGACACUUGGGCUGCCAGAAGACCUGCGCAAAGCCCUUGCAUCCUUGGCUGCGAAAGACGACGCGUCGAGGCUUGCCGUGCAGCACUUGCCCAUACAGACUUUUGCAGACUACCCAGUGCUUUCCAAAGCUGACUGCACGUGGUAG